CCACAAGUUACUUUAGUUUCAUAUUUCUUUAGAUUUGAAGAAUGACUAUGGGGAAAAGGCCAUUUAUUUUCCUUUUCUUCAUGCAACAACUUCUCAUGCUGCAGGGAGCAAAGAUCCUGACUCUAUGUUUAUUAGGUGGCAGUCAUUACCUCCUAAUGGAUGAAGUCUCACGUAUUCUUCAUAACAAUUCACAUGAAGUGACAAUGUUUCGACAGUUGGGAGAAGGGCUGUUACCAGGUUAUCACUGGCGGCCCAUUCCUUACAAGAUCGUCACAUAUUUCCUUGAUGAGAGUUAUCUUCAAGAAUUUGAUGAGUUUUUCAAAGAGUACAGUAAACUAUUUUUCAAUGGCAAAUCCAGCCUUAAUGAUUAUAUAACAUUCAUGGGCCAGCUGUCAAAACAGUGCAAUGCAACAUUAAAUCAGACAGAUAUUUUAGACUCAUUAAAGGCUGACAAAUAUGACAUUGCGGUGAUAGACGCUUUAAACCCUUGUACUUUUCUGGUUGUCGAAAAGCUUGGUGUACCUUACAUAGCUUUCUUUCCUGGGACCUUUGCUAAUGGUGAACAUAUUGGAUUGCCCACGCCUUUAUCCUAUGUUCCUAUAUUCCAGUCCUCGCUAACAGACCACAUGGAUUUUUUUGAGCGUGUGAAGAACAUUUUCAUGUAUUUCGGUUCACAUUUCGUAGAAAGAAAAGUUCAAGCCCAAUUUGAGGAUGUCAUUAAAAAGCAUUUCCCCUAUGAAUCCAGGCCAUUUCUGUCUGACCUCUACCUCAAAGCAGAAUUGUGGCUUUACAAUACAGAUUUCUCGUUGGAUUUUGCACGCCCACUUUUGCCGCAUAUACAAUACAUUGGUGGUCUAUUAGCAAAACCAACGAAACCUGUAUCACAAGAACUGGAAGAAUUUAUAUCACAAUCUGGAGAAUCUGGUUUUAUUGUUGUGACACUGGGCUCAAUGAUUUCUUCGUACCCUAACUAUGAAAUAUUAAAAGAGAUGAAUUCUGGAUUUGCCAAACUCCCCCAGAAAGUUAUCUGGAGAUACCAAACAUCUCAGUGGCCCAAAGGUCUCAAAUUAGCAUCAAAUGUUAAAAUCAUGGACUGGGUCUCUCAGAAUGAUUUAUUAGGGCACCCGAAUGUUCGUCUCCUUGUGACACAUGGAGGUUGGAAUAGUUUGAUGGAGGCAGUUUAUCACGGGGUCCCUGUGGUGGGAAUUCCACUUUUUGGUGAUCAGUUUGACAAUCUGGCUCGAAUGAAAGCAAAAAAGAUGGGAACAAUUAUAACACCUGAUCAGAUAAAGGCUGAAAGAUUUGCAAAUGUUAUUCAACAAAUAACAGAAGAUAAAAGCUACAAGACAUCAGCCAUGCAUCUGAGUGUAAUUCACAGGUCACGACCUUUCCCUCCAGACCAACAGUUAGUGAGAUGGGUAGAACACAUUAUUCAGACUGGUGGAGGGGCCCAUUUGCGUCCCUAUUCUUUUAAGCAGCCCUGGUAUCAGCAGUGUCUUUUGGACGUUAUUUUAUUCAUCUCUUCGUGCCUAAUUGUGACCAUUUACAUCAUAGUGAAAUUGUUUAAAUUUUUAAUUAGAAUUUUUUGUUCUAGUAGAAAACAGAAGCAACACUAGGAUAAAAAAAAUACUGCAAAAUAAUUUAAAGAACAAAUGUAGUUUUUCAUUGGAUGUUUUACUAAUUACAUCACUGAUCAAAAAUGGAAUUUGCAAGCACGGUUGGAAAUCUCUAUUAGAACACAAGUCCUCGACUUGUAUGAAAUUUGAGUCAACUAAUUCUUUUUUCUAUUUGUAAUAUGGAGUAGACUUCAUUUUUGUCCUAAUUGGAAAACUUUAGUGAUAUUUUUUCACCCCUUAUAAUAAGGAUCAACACUACACAUGAUCAUCAAGCUACAAACAAGAAAGCAGAUGUCAGAUGUCUAUUUUUAAGAAGCGGAAGCAAUCACAUUUUAUUUUAUAUUUGAGGAAUAUGGAUACUCGAAACAUAAUAAAUACACUUCCUUCUUAGAGUUGAAUUGUUAUUGUCUCUGCAACCCACAGGCACACAGAUUCCUACCAACCUUCUUCUGAGACCUAACUAGUUAACAUACAUCAUGGAUACAGCCUACACAAAUGCAUAACAAUGAAACAUUCAUGCAGAUUGCCCUCCCUCUACCUCCCUUUAUGGCACAUUUUUCAUUUUCUCCACUGGUGUUUGUUAGCUUUUGGAUGUAACAUUAUUAAUGGGCGAUUCUUCAGCUUGGUAGAAAAAGUGGACUCUCAAUUAUCUUCUAUUUGUAAUGUUUAGAAUAUAUAUGAGCAGUAGUGUAUUGUUCUGUUAUAUGUUUAUUUAAAAAAUUAAUAAAAACUCCUAAAUAAAUCAUUUUAGAUGCUGUAAA